GUGACCGUGUUGCCCUUCGGGUUGGGGUUGCCGUGACAGCGGAGUAGUCUUCGGUUGCCCGGGCGAGCAGGCGGCGGGCUGGUUGAGGCGUCCGGGCGGCUCUAGCCUCGUUCCCAGGGAAAGGUCCGUGUCCGGACGCGCGUUGUCCCCGCCGGCCUCAUGGAGCGCGCUGGGGCCAUGACGGACAUGUACGACCAGGCGUUGCUGGGCAUUUUGCAGCAUGUGGGCAACGUCCAGGAGUUCCUGAACAUCCUCUUCGGCUUCUUGUAUCGCAAGACCGAUUUCUACCGGCUGUUGCUGCAACCGUCGGACCGGCUGGGCUUCCCACCCGGCGUGGCGAAGAGCAUGGCCGUCCGAGCAUUCAAAACCUUUGAACAUCUGGCCCGUCAAGAUGAUGAGAAAAGACAGCAAGAAAUUGAGGAGAAGUUGAAGAAAAGAGAGGAGGAGAUGGUUGCUGCCGGAGAGAGAACAAAGGUGCCUGCUGCAGUUGAGGAAGUUGAGGUCACCUCAGCAGUGGGGCAUGACUCUGGAUUGGAAGGUAGAAAGUCUGCAGAUUUGGAAGAGCCUGUGACAGUAGAGGAAACAGUAGAACCACAAGUCCCUAAUACAACUGCAGAGCUGCCUGUAUCUGUUGCUGCCCCUCUAGAAACUGAGCAAACAGAAUUCCCCAGGAAACAGGAACAGUUCCAGGCAAAUCCUGACAGUUACAAUGGAGCUGUGCGAGAGAACUACACUUGGUCUCAAGACUAUAGUGACCUGGAAAUUAAAGUUCCAGUGCCUAAGCAUGUUCUGAAAGGCAGACAGGUUUCUGUGGACAUCAGCAGUAAUUCAAUCCAUGUUGCAGUGGUAGAGGGAAGUGGACGCCGUGUGCUCAUGGAAGGCACCCUUACCCACAAGAUCAAUAUAGAGAACUCUGUCUGGAGUCUAGAACCUGGAAAAUGUAUUCUAAUUAACCUGAGCAAAGUAGGUGAAUACUGGUGGAGUGCCAUUUUGGAAGGCGAAGAACAGAUUGACAUUGAUAAAAUCAAUAAGGAGCGUUCUAUGGCCACAGUGGAUGAAGAAGAGCAUGCAGUGCUGGACAGACUGUCUUUUGAUUAUCAUCAGAAGCUUCAAGGCAAGCCCCAGAGCCAUGAGAUGAAAGUCCAUGAGAUGCUGAAGAAGGGCUGGGAUGCCGAAGGCUCUCCAUUCCGAGGGCAGAAGUUUGACCCCUCCAUGUUCAACAUCUCUCCGGGGGCUGUGCAUUUUUGAUGGCAGAAAGUGAGGAGGGGAACAUCGCCUUUGUCCUUGGAUGAACCUGAUGCUACUGCCAGACUCUUCCAUCCGGUGACAUCAAAGGGUUCCUUUUGUCCCUGCUUGUUCUUUGGGCUUGUUUAUAAAAUGACAGACUGUUAAAAUGGUUGGCAUGUGUGGGCUUGGUUUUGGGGAGGGGGCAGAGAGAACUGAAGUGUGAAUGUGGGUGUAAGUCCUUUCCUCCAGCGCCAGGUUGGUGCUUUUGAUAUUUAUGUGGGGGAAGCCUAGCAAAAGCAGCAUUACGUACUGUGUCACCACGGCAACCAGCAGCUGCUGGUAGCAUUUCCUCUUCUCCUUAAUGGAUUCAUUUGUUGCUGGGGGGGGGGGGGGGGGGAGGUUGGUUGAAGGUAUUCCUCCUCCCCUUUUCAGAAAUAGAUGCAGCUGGAUGAAAUGGUGACAGCUUCUCUCUAGCUUCCUUGAAACCACCUUCUGCGUGUGUGUCUCCCUGUACCAGCUUUAGGGAAACCGAACUCCUCAUGGCAUUGGGCAGCGACAGCCCUCUCUAAGCCCUGACAAUCUGCAAUCAGCGUCAUUUGAGCACGAUCUAAAUUGUUGGGUUUGGUCCUUGAGUCCCAAGGAGUGGGAGGCGAACUUUGAAGGCUCAGGCAAGUCCCUGAAAAGGAGCCAGCGCAGAAGGUGACACUCGCUCCAGCGUUUCUGUGAUGGUCCGCGAAGCCCAGCCAUAAGAGAACCCAGCACCAGAGUUCCUCAUGCUGUGGUUUUGCUUGUUCGUUUCCUUUUGUUUUUGUGAUUCAGUGAUUUAAUGCUCAGAAAACUGCAGGGUUUUCUCUCUCUCUCUCUCUCUCUCUCUCUCUCUCUCUCUCUUUCUCUCUCUCUCUCUGUUAUUUUGGUUUUACCCAAAUGCUCUUGCCAGGAAGCUUUCUGAGCUCAUGCCCCCAUUUUCCUCAUUUCCCCACCUAUGAUUAUAUGAAGUGUAUAAUUGUAUUUUAUGCAUUUCUGGGAUUUUUAUCAACAGGAGAUGGGGGUAAUCAGGACCCUCCGGCAGAGAUUUUAAGAACCCUUUUUGUGCAUAACAAAAUUAGCCUCCCCUCCCCCAGCUGCUAUUUGCCCCAGAAAGAAAAUUGUGAUUAAGGCCAAUAGUAAUUUUCUUCCUAGGGCAAAGCAAUUUCCAUAUGUGCGUAUGCAUGUGGCCGUUGUGAUUACCUUCUCUAGCUCUUUUUAUUAUAUAUAUAUAUAUAGAGAGAGAGAGAGAGAGAGAGAGAGAAACAAGGAAAAGUUGUGAAAUGCAAUCUCACAUUUUUCUGGUGAUCUAGUUGGCUUCUUAAAGGCAUCCAAUUUUAAUUUUCUUUGAAUCCAGGCUAGCAGCUUUGAGGAGGCAAAGGCAACUGCUCCUGAGAAGGACUGUUGUACUCUAGCUGGGCAAGCUAGAUCCUCCCCACACUUGUGGCACUAUAUAAGAACUCUCUUGGUAUAAAUGGGGUAAGUAAUAAGAAAUAGCUAUACGCAAAAAGGGAAAUGAAGAGAUGGCACAUUUCCAUGUGUCCAUUUAUAACAAAAGGUCCAACCCUGUCAAGAUAUUAAAAAACACAUUUUAGGUAUCUAUAAACAGGGUACUCAGAAACUAACUGAUCUCUUAUACCGAAGAAGGGGUCUGUGAUAGAACACACACUGCUUGCCCUGAGGGAAUUAUAAUUUUGACAACAAGGCCGUCAAAUCACUGUAGAGUCUAAUUUCACUGAGGAGGUAUCCUUCCAGAAGGUGUUCCACCCUGUGACAGCUGGGCACAGAAUUGACAAAAAGACCUGCUUAUUCAGAGGUGAUCUUUUCAUCUUCCAGCAAGCUGAAAGCAAAUUGAAGAAUUACUUCCAAUAUAGGACAUAAGCUGGUUCCUUACUACUGCAACUGACUUGUUCAUGACUGAUCAGUAGGAGAGAAAAUAGAAUGAAGAAGUCAUGUAAGAAACAGAAAACAGCAUAUAAUGUCGAAGAAUAUGGCUCUAGAGAACUUUGUUUGACUUGGAAACAUGUUGGUUGUUACCUGCAUCAUUUUAGACUAUGACUGAGUGAAAUGUUGGGCUGCACAAAAUAUCCUAUUAAAAUGUAAGACUGGCUUAGAG